UUUAAACAUGAACGCACAUAUGAAUACUUUCGCUGCAGACGCUCCCAUCAGAUUUAAUUACAAGAUAAAUCUGAUCGCUGGAAGAGACAGACUCCUUGUGGAAUCGUUGAUCCACCGACACCCCUCAUAUGCUGGUCAUGGGCAAUCGGGUGCUGCCUGGGAUGAAAUCCUCAAAAAGGUCAAAGAUGCCGGAGGUAAAGGCAACGAAAUUGGUGUCUCAACACUCAAGCAGAGACACAAGAAUCUGGUCAAGCAGUUCAAAGCAAGACAGACCCAAGAAAAAAAAAUGACAGGGUCAAACGAGAGCUACUCUGAUCUCGAUCAGCUUCUCUUUCAGCUUGUUGAAUUGGAGGCUGAAGGAGAUCGGGGCAAGGCCAUGAAAAAGCAAUUGGCUUCCGAGGAAGAAGUCCAGAAGCAGGCAGCUGCAGGUAAAGUCGUGGAGAGAGCGACUUUAUUAAAGUCCAACAAUCCGUUGAGAGUUGUAGAACAAAAGAAAUGGACAGAUAAAGUAGAGGGCAGUUCUUCUGGACAUCUAGUCGGUCAAUCGACGGCCGACUUUUCUGAUGCCAGAGAAAUGUUGAAGUCCUUUCGGGAUGAAUUGUCCAGUAUGGUGGCUGGAAUAAGUGAUGGUGAGGUACUUACCUCAAUGCGCAGGUUGGAGGAGAAUGUUGAAAGAGGAUUUCUGGCUAUCGAGACAAGGCAGAGAACACUGGAGCAGAGACAGACUCUGCUAGAGGAGAGACAGGCUCGUUUCGAGUACAAUAUGCAGAGAUACCUGCUUUAAGGUCUUAAAAAACAAUAAAAAUAUAUAUACGU